AUGUGUGGCACGGGCGGCGACUGGCUGGAGUUGCGUCGCCAACUGUUGGAUUCAGAUCUCGGCGGAGAGUCGAGCAGCAGCGGCCCGUCAGAAGUCUUGUCAGGUUGGUCACUGUUCGGAUCUCCGACCGACGAUGGCAUGGACGGCCCGCCCGAGGGCGCCGACGCCGCCGCCAUUGCUGAUGCCAUGAUCGUCGAGGUCCCGCCCGUGGAUGCCAUAGUCGAGGGCCCACCCGCUCAAGGCGGGCGCGGCCGUCCACGUCGGAGAACCGUGAACGCUGUGCUCGCAGAUGUGAUGACACACCACGGCGGCAUCUUGGCGCCGUCAGGGCCUGGGGCGCAGCAGCUCGAGAGCCAGGUCGACCCCGUCGACGGCGGGCCCGAGGACAGCAUCGGCGGCGCAGCUCUAGCCAAUAAUAAUUCUUUCGUGGUUUCAGAUGCAGAGUCGUUCAGACGUCUGGUGUUAGAGGUUGGCGAUGCCAUCGCCAACAACAUAAGUUUAGACGGCUUGUUGCACCAGACGCACAUGGAGAUCGGGGAGUUGAUGGAGCAUGUGUACGAUAUUUGCAUUGCUGGGGGCGCCGUGGGCCUGGUCUUCACAGAGGCCGUUCGCUCAGAUGAGACCCAGUUUCCUGCGAGGGGCGCCACGGGGUCGAACGACGAGGGAACUAUAGACAACGACUUGCCCGGCGAUGCUGACGAGAGGGCGAAACUGGUCAACACCGAAUGGAACUAUGGCGUGUUGUUUGUGAAGCGGGGCAGCGGCGGCCAACCUGCCCCACACGUCAGCUUCUCAUUCAGUCUCUGCACCCCUGUUCAAGUGGUUUCGAAUACAAGUGGAGAAUGUUAUUACGCCGUGCUGCACCAGACCCGCCUGGCCGACGCAGACCGCAUCGCUCAGAAGUUCGCCCGCCACCAGGGGAACACGACCACAGACGGAGACAGGGCGUUCAUCAGGGCUGAGCGUCACCGCUCAUGUGUCUACCCCGGCAUGCACUUGCUACAUAAGCUGUGUUGCGUCCAUAGAGCGUCAAAUUGCAAGAAGGACCCAUUCAAGAAAAAAGUACCCCGAGAAAUUGAGUUCUACACCAACCUCGCCCUUGUGAUGCGCAGAGCCUACAACAGCAACGAUUUUCGGAGAGAGGUUAAGCAACUUAUACUUGCGCCUGGUCGGUUCACUUACCUGGCGGAGGGGGCCUGCUUGCCAGUGCAUGUGAAACGUCUCGAGCACCUCCUCGACCAUGCGGUGCAGCCCCGCACCGGCAAGAACGCGUGGAGGCGGAGCGUCAUCUGGGCUACGAUCGACGGCGGCAUCGACGGCUCCAGGCUCAUUCACUGGAAUGGGUGCGAAGAGAUAGUGGAGUAUUUCAUUCUCUUGCAGGGCUUGGGAAUAUUUGCCGACGCAUGGGGCAAGUGGAUUGCUGUGUAUUACCCCAGCGAGAAGAAGGGCGCACAGCCGAGAGUGGACCUAGACGGCAAGGGCGCGCUCCAAGCGGUCCUGGACUCGAACCCAGCUGGCAUGAGCGUGCCGCAUCUCGCCGUCGCAGCGCAGGCCGUCUGCACGACAUCACUUACCAAGUUGGAGAAAACAUGGUAUCCGAAUAAAACGUUUGCGGGUAUCCGCAGCGAUGAUGCCAUGAAGGCGGCUCUCGACGAGAAGGAUUGCGUGCUCGACUCCUGGUCGCUGCAGUUCUGCAGGCACCGCAGGCACGGGGUCAUCGCAGACGCGCGGCAUGACUUGAUGCACGUGGCUAGCUUGCUCCAUGAGGACAGUGAAGCAGGAGUGGAGCCAGCCUUUCCCGCGUCGGUGAACACGUGGGUUGCCAGCCUUUCCCGCGUCGGCGUCGAAUGGAUCGGCCAAGGGUUCCGCAGGCUGGCGAGAGCCUUUCGGCAGCUUCGGACACCCAGCUCAAGCAGCCCUGAGGCCGACCAGCCAUGCCGGCAACAAGCCCGCGCUGCUGGCGCCCCGAGCGCCCCGCGGAGGCGGAAGCUGCGGGCUGCCGACGCUUUCUUCAGUCGUGAGUGCGGGCGGGAAGGCAACGCACAGCCCAGCUUCUCGGGGAUGUGGGCGAAGUUCCGCAGGCUGGGCGACGGCGACAUCGACGAGCUCCAGCGGCAGGCGGAUGAGGCCAACGCUGAGGUCAGCGAGGGGGGGGGGCCUUUUCCGAUGGGUCGGCGCGAGAUGCAGCGGGCCAGGGCCCGCGCCGACGCAGAGGCAGUUGCCGCGAUGCACGUCCGCGCUCAGCUCGCCGAUGACAGAGUUGGGCAGCCUGCUCCCCUGCCCCGCGCCCUGGAGGCCCACGGGCGCACACUCGCUGCCGUUGCUGCGGCUGCCCCGUCGGGUGCGUUGGCCGCCAGGCCGAGCGCAGACGCCCUUGCAGUCAUCGAGCGCGCUCUGCGGACCUCCUCGGACUCGGAGCGGCGUGAGGAGAAGGUUGCCGAGCAGCAGGUGGUCGACUUCGCCGAGAGGGGCGGCCGCGCGGGCGCUCGGGAGCUGGCCCUGGCAGCGGGCCGCGCGGCGCCGCAUGCCGCUGGCGCUAGCUUCUUCGUUGCCGACCCGAGGAACGCUCAGUCCGAGGAAGGCGCCCCGAAUUUCUUGCACGCCGAGUGGGCCGACGACUCCGUCUACCAGCGGGCGCAGCGACUCGCUGCGCUGACGGGGCAGACCCGCCCAGUGCGCGCGUUGCGAGGUCUCUUGCAUCGCUUCUGGCAUGGGCUGUCCCGCGCAAGCUUGCACAAGGACUGCGAGGUGUUCGACGAGCCACCUGUCCACCGGAGGUGCUGGGAGGCUCGCCGUUUCAUAUGCUGCCCUGAGUCGGCGUCGCUGGUAAAGUUGAAGGCGAACCUCGAGAAGGCCACGCGGCGCUUAUACCGCCCUGGAGCUCUCCGGUCCAACGUUGAUUCAGGGUUGAUCGUGUGCUGUUUCAUCGGCUUGGCUGUUCGGCACGAUGGGGAUGGCGGCCCCGCUGCCGAGUGCGACGACGGCGCCCUCUACGCGUUCAUGCACGUCGGCUUUCACAGCUGGAGCCCGUUCGAGCCCUUCUACGUCCCCAUGCGGACGCCAGGGUACGUCGUCGACUUGGACGGCGACCAGAAGCUCAGAGAACGCUUGGUGGAGUUGGAGGCGUUGCCUAGGAGUCUUGAUGCGUGGGCUGCUUGCGAGAUCUUCGACUUGUCGAAGCGUUGGCUGCUGGCGCACUUCGAGCUGAUCGAGAACGACACCGUCGUGGGCGCCGUGGGGCCCCGGCUGCAGAAGGGGCGUCGACGGAUCAGCCAGUGGCACGCUCUGGCCGACCGCUUCAAGGCCGCGCGCGACGAGAGAUCCGACGAUGGCGGCGGGGGCGACUCGGAUGGGGGCGACGCUGCCACUGAGGGCGGCGGCUCUGCUGACGGCGGCGGCGGCGAGGUGGGGGCCUCGGGCGUCGAGGAGGAGCAGGCCAUCGUCGAGGCCGCGGUGGAUGGCUCCGACGGCAGUCGAGAGCAACUGUCGUCUGACAGCUCGUCUACGGCGAGUUCGAGUUCGUCGGAGGACGCUGGCGCCGACGAGCCCCCCGACCUCGGCGUCGAGCAUCCGCCACACCUGCGAGAACAGGCCGUGUGUAGUUUCAGGCUGCCUGGUCAUCUUGGGGGCGGCUCUAUCGUCGCCUAUAAGAACAACGAGAUCUAUGCGUACUGCGGCGAGUGUGAAGCACACGGGAGACGGUGCCGAGUGUCUCGCCGUGGCAAGGGGGCGACCAAGCGGGCGCAGGGUCAAGGCAGGCCGUUGGGCCACCUCAUGGCCUGGCUGCUCUCGGCUGACGAGUGCAGCGACGCCUGGGACCACAAGAACUUGUAUAAUACGAUCGAUCAUGCUACCAGGAGGCACGGCAGGGAUAUCCUCAGAGGGCUCGCAGGGUCCGAGGACAUCUUCGAGCAGGAGCGCCAUCAACGGGAUGACGAAGAGUCCGAGCCAGAGAAAUAG